UAGCUAGCUCAAAUGUAUAUGCGUGUAUCACCAAGUCCAAGACCAAGAGUGAGACUUUAUUCUGUUUUGCACUUUUGUAUUAAAGGCCAUUCCUGAUAGAGUGGAAGAAGAAGGGAUAAAGAUGGCUGCUCCUGAAACUUUGCACCCUCCCGAGAUUGUCCUGGACUUAACCUAUGUACCCAUCGUGGUCUAUUCAUUCAUCCUCUGUGGCAUAGCCUUAUGCGUCUCUCCCUAUCUCUCUUGGUGGUUUGUACCGACAUAUAGAAACAUCAGUAUCUAUGAACGGUACGACUGGAAUUCAAGGAUUCUCUCAAUGUUCCAUGCCAUCUUAGUCAGCAGUCUAGCUGUGUAUAGCUUUCUAUUUGAUGUACCUACAUUUGAGGAUAAGAUAUGGGGGACAUCUUUUAUCCCGAGAGCGACUAUUGCUGUGACAACAGGAUACAUCACUGCUGACAUGAUACUCAUGUUUGUUGGCUUCCCAAUCAAAGAGUCGAUCUUCUAUAUCCUUCAUCAUCUUGCUGUAGCUAGUGCAUUCACAGCUAAUGUGUUGUAUGGACCUCUUACUUACUUUGGAAAUAUUCGAGUCAUUGCUGAGGCUUCUACUCCAUUUGUUAAUUUGAGAUGGAUGCUCUACUUAUUAGGAUAUAAAGAUACUAAGCUUUAUCUUUACAAUGGCUUUGUAAUGCUUGGAGUUUUCUUUGCUGUUAGAGUAGGAAUACUUCCAAUCUUCUACUACUAUAUGCUAAGAUCAUUUUUUAUAGAAGGGUUCCAGAGACUGCAGCUGUGGAUGACCUUAACCUGUCUCACAUGCAGUGUUGGCUUGGAUACUAUCAACAUGUACUGGUUCUUCAAGAUGGCUAGAGGGGCAUACAGGAUGCUCAAAAAGAAAUCUACUGCCAAGGAUAAGACAGCUUCGAAUGACAGAACUGAUUCACAUAUAAAGGGACAGUGACGUAGCAAUUUCCGUUGCGAUUUUGGCAAAUACAAGGUAUUUUUAUUGAUGUUCAUGACUCACAGAAUACAUGUAUGGAAUAUAUUUGUUUGAAAGACUUGCAAUGGUACUUGCUCCUGGACAGAGUUAUCAUUUUAAUGCCUGAUGGAAAUUUUAGAAUUGAUCAGUGCUUAACUGAGGAGUGGGUAUUUGAUAUUCAAAUACUCCUUGGUCUCCAAGCAAAGAACAUCCCCUUAGCUUUUACCCCCAAAUGCCACACCUUCAAAAAAAA